AUGACUGUAGAUGCCAUCAAGGCCGCAGCAAUAAGAAACAAAGCUCGCCUUGAGUCACCUCAUUUCAACAAAGAUGAGUUUGCAUCACCGUCGCGGGAACCUUCUCUUGCACCACCGCUGCGAAUUGUCAAUGAAACUUCAACCCUUUCUGCACGGGAAAUAUCACAACAAAAUGUGUCUUCUUCUGCUUAUACCAUCCCACCAGAGGUCGUUGAGGCAGCAAGGAUCAUGGCCGAGAGUACUCCACAACAGCCGGCUGGUGACCACGCAGACAUUGCAGCACGAAUCAAGCAGAAGUACUCUCAUAAGCUGAAUGACACAAAUGCUCCCAAGCAUUUGGGUACUCCCGAAGGCCGACUAGGAGCCUGGGCGAUGCCUGAUUCUGUUGGAAACUCUUCAGAAGUCCUCAAACGGGAUUCAAGCUACUGGAUGUUGACUAUGCCACAACUAGGAUCCAAUCCCUAUGCUCCAUCUGGCUACAAGGUAUGGAGGAAUGUCAAAGACUUUGGGGCAAAGGGAGAUGGUAAGACGGACGAUACGGCUGCCAUUAACGCUGCCAUUUCCAGCGGCGGCAGAUGCGGUCCAAAUUGUGGCUCUAGCACUAUUUUCCCUGCCGUUGUCUAUUUCCCCCCAGGGACAUAUCUCAUCAGCACACCAAUCAUUCAAUAUUACAAUACCCAACUAUUGGGUGAUCCGAUCUCGGUGCCAACGAUCUUGGGUGCAUCAAGCUUUGUUGGCUUAGGUAUGAUUACGAGUGAUGUUUACAUUGGAGACAAUGAGGAGUGGUACAUCAACACGAAUAAUUUCCUAAGAAACAUCAGAAAUUUCAUCAUUGAUGUCAGGAAUACCAACCCGAGUGCAUCUGUUUGCGGUGUUCACUGGCAGGUUGCGCAAGGAACAUCAAUCGAAAAUGUCACAUUUUAUAUGCUAUUCAACUCAAACACACCAGGGAACACUCAGCAGGGAAUUUACAUGGAGAAUGGCUCAGGAGGUUUCCUCGCUGAUCUCACAUUCGUUGGAGGCAACUUUGGGGCCUAUAUGGGUAACCAGCAGUUUACGACUAGUCACUUGAUUUUUGUGCAAUGCAAUACUGCACUGCAGAUCCACUGGGACUGGGCUUGGACAAUGCAGGACUUUGUCAUCGAAAGCUGCGCUACCGGACUUACUAUUGUCGGCGGUGCUGGAGGUGCCCAUAGUACUGGUCAGGGGGUUGGUUCGCUGGUGCUGGUUGACACAAUAAUCGCCAAUACUCCCAAUGGAAUUGUGACAUCUUUGGCUGCCGAAAAUUCGACCUCAUUCUUGCUUCAAAAUGUUGGCUUCUUCAAUGUUCAAAAAGCCGUACAAGACAACGUUCGCGGAACCACAAUGCUUGCCGGUGGCAAUCAAGUCCUCGUUGACAGCUGGGGCUUCGGUCAAAUCAACAAUGCCACUGGCCCGAGUAAAUUUGUCAACGGGGCCAACAUCCCAGCCAUGACACGUCCAAGCAGCCUCCUCGGAGUAACAAACCAGAACAUGAAGCCAAAUCUCUUUACAAGGAGGAGGCCGACGUACUACAACGUACCAACUAAUAAAGUCAUGAACGUGAAGCAGCUCGGAGCCAAGGGCGACGGAGUCACAGACGAUACAGCGGCGCUCAACGCUAUCUUAGACGGCGCUGCCAACACAUCAUCAAUUGUCUAUUUCCCCCAUGGAGUCUAUGCCAUAACAAGUACUCUUCAUGUACCAGUAGGCUCCCGUAUCAUUGGUCAGGCUUGGUCCCAAAUCAUGGCCAGGGGAUCAUACUUUGGCGACGAGGCAAAUCCUCGCGUAGCAGUUGAACUUGGCAAGCGCGGAGACGUUGGAAUACUAGAAGUUCAAGACAUGCUAUUUACUGUGUCUGCAACUUCGGGGGCUACUGCGGGAGCAGUAAUCGUCGAGUGGAAUAUUCGCCAGUCCACCACUGGCUCUGCUGGAAUGUGGGAUUCACAUAUUCGCGUGGGCGGUGCCAAAGGCAGCGGGUUGCAAGCAGAGCAAUGCCCCAAAAAGACUGGCAAAGUGAACCCGAACUGUAAAGCGGCGUCUCUCCUUAUGCACCUUACCGCAAACUCAACAGCAUAUCUGGAGAAUGUUUGGAUCUGGACCGCCGAUCAUGAUAUGGACAAAGUCACACAGGACCAGAUCGACGUUUACGCUGGGCGAGGUCUCCUGAUUGAAAGCAAGCUUGCUUGGCUGUGGGGCACUGCCGUUGAGCACUGCGUGUUUUACCAAUACCAGAUGUCAGAUGCUCAGAACAUCCUUAUGGGAAUGAUUCAAACAGAAUCACCAUAUUAUCAACCAGUCCCUCAAGCUCCCACACCAUUUAAACCAGGGCUCUUUCCAAACGAUCCAACCUUCAACAACUGUACUAGUGUCUCCUGCUAUACAUCAUGGGCCGUUCGGAUUGUCGACUCGUCUACAAUUUACAUGCUUGGAGCUGGGUUAUACAGUUGGUUCAGCGAUUACAGCAAGACAUGUGUGGAUACGAACAACUGCCAGCAGCGUGGGUUUGAGGUUGUCCAAAGCUACGAUAUCUGGAUCUACAACCUCUGCACUAAGGCCAUUGUAGAGAUGAUAUCACCCUUGCUAGUCCCUGCGACUAUGGCCGCUGAUAAUAAGAAUGGAUAUCUGUCUUCUGUUCUUGCAUGGCUCCAAGGCGCCCAGAAAGUCAGCGGUGGUCGUCAUUUUACCGGAUUCCAGAUCUUCCGAGAGCAAGAGGUAGACUCGAUGAGCAUACCAUAUCCCCAGACCUGUCGCACUGCCCUAACACAAACCGUCGAAUGUGACGACUAUGUUGAAGGCUAUGCUAGCCUGGGCUAUCCAGGAUCUUUUGGUAAUAAAACACUGGCCGAUUCUGUGUGUGAUCCUAUAUGCGACAAGAGUCUUAAGAGCUGGUUCGACAAUGUACAAGAGAACUGUGCUGGGUUUACUGAUGAGGACAAUAUCCCGCUCACGCUGCUUGGUGGACGCAUGUGGGCAAAUCUGAAUGCCACUUGUCUAAAAGACCCAAAUUCGCCUAAUUUCUCAGGAUACUGUGUUGAUACAAUCGACGGAUUCUCUCGAGUUGCAACUAUUCAAGACAUGCCUGUGAACGAGGUGUGUUCGUACUGCUUCAUGGGAAUCAGAGCGAUAAUGCAAACCUCAGCCUACUCAGCUUAUGAUAAGGUUUAUAAAGCUGAGCUUGAUUAUAUUAACAGCAAGUGCCGAAAGAUUUACCACACUGAUAUUAAGCCCUCACUGUUUCCUCCACCUCUGGAUACCCCUUGUCCUGCCGAACAGGUGUAUGUCACAAAACAGGGGGACAGUUGCGACAGUAUUGCCUUACAGCAUUCGGUAUCAUCGGCAGCAAUAUUCAUGGCCAACAAUCUCAACAUCACCAAUUGCAGCAGCAUUCCAUCGAAUAUAACACUAUGUCUUCCUUCUUCAUGUGGCUCUACCUAUGUUAUCCAGCAAAACGAUACUUGUACAAGUAUCGAACGCAGCCACCUCCACACAUUGAACACUACAAGUGGCGACGUUCGCAAGUAUAAUCCUUGGGUUAAUCAGGACUGCAUGAACCUCUGGAAUGCAAGCGAUAUAGCUUACGGUCACGUCAUAUGCCUAUCUCCACAGAAUGGGCAGCAUUUAUUAAACGCUUCCAGUGAGGCACCAAAGAACAAACAAAUUGGAUAUGCCUACACAUUACCUAUUGCACCUCCAACAAAUGCCACAAUUGCAAAGGGGACAACUGACAGAUGUGGAGCGUGGUAUACUGCAGUGCAAGAUGAUAUAUGUGUGGCUAUAACUCUCAGAGGGCCAACUACCAUUAAUAUUUUUUUCUCUGUGAACCCAUCACUCGGAACUAAUACAUCACAAUGUGAUAGUAAGUUAGUGGUUGGUACUACAUACUGUUUACUGCCAGUUUACAAUUGGGAUUACUAUUAG